AUGAGCAGCAUCAGCACCACCCCGCGGCGCCCCAGCACCGCCCAACCACUCACCCGGACCCCGCGCCUCCCCUACGAAGCCGGCGAAGCGCUCCUCUGGGAGCGCCAAACCCACCGCCUAACCACCCAUCUCGCGCAGCAACUGCAGACCCUGCAGGCCCAGCACGCCGCCUACGACGCGCGCAUCCGGGCCGCCGAAGCCGUGGCCGAGGCGGCCGACGCCGCGGUCCAGCAGGUGCGUGGCUUGGACGCGAAGGUCUGCGCCAUUGAGGCCGAGGACGCGGAGCGCCCGUUUGAUAAGUGGGUGCAGGAGGCGGUGGGGCAGUUGCAGGUCGUGGUUGAUGGGCUGAAGGGGGUGAGGGGGAAGGUGGGGGGGUUGGAGAGGGAGGUGGAGAGGUUGGGGGAGGAGGUUGAAGGUGGGGGUGGGUUGCUUAAAGACGUGGUGAGGAGGGUGGGGGUGUUGGAGGGUGAGAAGGAGGAGCGGAGGGAGGAGGUGGGUGUUGAGGAUGCGGGUGCGGAGGGUUGCGGACAGGUGCUGGUGGAUGAUUCUCCGCUGAUGGAUGAUGAUCCGCUGGCGGUGUUCUACGGGAUCGAUUCGCAGAGGCGUCAGCAGUCGCCAUUGAGGCAGAAGGGUCGGUUCGAGACGCCCAAUGCGCGCCGUCAGGAUCGUCCUGCGAGAAAGCGUACUGAGUCACCACAGCAGCGACGUGGCAACCUGCAACCACCAGACGAGGACACCGCGCUGCCGGAGCAUACCUUUGAUCCUCGGGAAGCGGCUCCCCCGGUCGACUACGGUUGGGAGAACACUCAGCAGUACAAGGACAUGCAGAAAGAGCUUGAUGAGCUUCGAGCGAUGUGCAGGACACAAGAGUCUAAGCAUGACAGCGAGACAGCAGACAUGACGCAGCGUCCCCAGGAGACACUGAUCGUUCCCCGGGAGGAGAUUCUUGGAUUCUCGGAUGCUACUACUGAGGCAGAGGGGGAGAACGACGGUGCUGAUCGCCAACAGUCUCGCAUGGACCUCACUCGUGGCUCAGUGGAUGGUUUGAGGCAAGUUUUCACCGCCUCUGAGAUGUGGCUGCCUUCGUCGCCACCAAAGCGAACAGAGACGCAGUCAGCCCGGCGAAACAUCAUGAAGCGGCCUUCCAUCCAUAAUCCACGACUACCUUCAACACGACUGCCUUCAGUGAAGCAACGCAGACAGGACGCUGAGCCGGGACCAGAUCGAACUCCUCGCCCUUCACUGUUGGCCAGUGCACUACCCCCCGAUGAGACACGCACUGGCAACAAGACGACAGCGAAGCGGAAGCGUGUCGACGACGCUCCUGUCCAGCGAGUGACCCGGCCGAAGCUCGGUGACGGUAAAACCGCUGCUAAGAAGCCUGUUGCUGGAAGUGCGAGCAAGAGCAAGAUAAAGGACGACAAAGUCGUUCUGGAGGCUGCUCCUUCAGUCCCUGGUGAUAAUUCUUUGGCGCCGCCUCCAUCUCCCCGCAAGACAUUGAACAAUCAGGAGCCAGCUGUGAACAGUCCUGUACGGAAGACAGCACAAGCCAGCACAAGCAUACCAGAAAUCGACCCACUUCCCGUCGUGGAGCCAGCUGUGACGGUAGCUAAGACUGUGAAGUCACGCAAAAAUGUCAGCAAGUCCAAGCAGACCAAGAAGCCGACUAAGCAGCCAGCACCUCAAGCAGCUAGUAGCUCCAAAACUCCUGCCGUUGUGAAGAAGGAAGGAAAGGGGCACCGACAGCCAGCAGGCGCAUGCCAAGCGUGUCGUGCACGCCACCAGAAGUGCGAUCGGACACACCCGAACUGUGGUCGCUGCGUCAAGUUUGGUAUUGCUUGCGAGUAUCCUCUUGCCUUCGGCUCCAGCGCGCCAGUCAAUGGAGUAUCAGCCAGUCCCGGUAAGAAGAAAGCACUGCUGCCUAUCAAGAAAUCAGAGGACGAUGCCAAUCCCGCGCACGACGAGCGAGAAAGAUCUGUAACUGUCAGCCCUGAAGUACCGCGACAGCAGAGCCCUGCCAAACGUCCGCUUGCUUCGCCGUCAAAGAAGUCUGUCGCUGCUCCUACCGCAGCCAGCUCUCGCGCACCGAGAGCGAAGAACACACAAAAUCCAAAAGCUUCUCCAUCGAAGCAGAAGACGAAACAGAAGUAA